AUGUCCAGCCCUGGCGGUCCAGCGGCCGGCGGCCCUCCGGCGUUCCCUCCUCCGGAACACCCAGAGGAUCCGGGUCGCGGGCCCAUGAUAUUGGGCACCACCUGGACGCUGACGUUUCUGUGCAUCGUCUUCAUCUCUGCCCGGCUCUUGGUCCGUGUAAAGGUGAUUCGCGCUGUGAGCGCCGAUGACUGGUUCAUGCUCGCUGCCGGGAUGCUCCAAGUCACCUUCCAAGCAUGCGUCACCCGAGCAUACCUCUGGGGCUUCGGAAAGCACGACAAGGACCUGACGUUUGAUCCGCAGAUCAUCAACAUCCUCAAGUGGGUUUGGAUCUCGACGACGCCCGCCAUCCUCGUCUCCAUCCUGGCGAGAAUAUCGGCCGCCAUUCUUCUCAUACGCAUCUUUGGGAACAAGAAGUGGCUCAAGUGGUUCCUCGUCGUCUUCACCACUCUGCAGAGCAUCGUGGCCGGCCUGGUCAUCAUCUUUGUAUGGGCUCAAGUCUCGCCCGUCGAAGGGCUUUGGAAUCCUCUUCUGCCGGCUCGGCGGUGGAAUCCCAGCAUCCAACAAAACACGGCCUAUCUUGGACAAUCCCUGUUUACCUUUUCCGACCUGACGUACGUCCUGUUCCCCAUCAUGAUCAUCUUCAAGCUCAACAUGCCCCUGCGCCGCAAGCUGGGCCUCGCCGGGCUGAUGGCAGCGUCUCUGUUCACAAUGGUGGCCUCCAUCAUGAAGACGGUCACGUCGCAGGCGUCGAGCGCCAGCGAGGGCGACUUGCAGUACCGCGGCACCAUGGCCAUCUUCUGGUCGGCCUUUGAGCAGUCCUUUGUCAUUAUCAUGACCUGCAUCCCGCCGCUACGCUCCGCAAAGCAGCUGUUCAAGCGCCGUGACGGGGCCGCAGGCAGCAGCGCAAUGGGCCUUGCGCGGCUUGGCAGGAGCUAUCGCUCGUCGAAACUGGACUCGGAUCGGUCGCGGAAGCCAAGCUUUCUCGACGAGGGGGAGCAGGCGCUCAGAGACACCAGCGUGCCGUAUGGCAGGGCGGGAAGCAGGGGUCCAAGCAGCCAGAGCCUUGAGACGGGGAACAUUCGCCGCACCGAUCAGUACGCCGUCGCGUAUAGUGGCAAGGCAGAGCCGCGGGAAGACGUAUAG